AUGCCAGUAAUCUCGAAGGGUGUUAUGAAGAAGACCAAGCCAACAAAGGAAAGUUUGAUACCACAUACUUCUAAUAAGCAAGUCGAACUAGAAAAAAUGCCCUUGGUCAUGAAAAGAAUGUAUAGACGUUUGAUGAAUCGUGAAGCUCAUGAUGAUGCGAUUUAUGUUGAAGCCGAACCUGGGAUCCUUGGAGCUCAGAAAUUGAAACGUACUUUUUACCCCGAGGGAUUUUACGUCUGUUUGAAUAAAAUGGGCUUGAUAUUAGUGUCAAACUUGGUUUCAAUCAUGUUACAUUCAAUGUUUGAAACACGUGGUGGUAAUAAAAGUGAACAAAUGUGCUUUCAUUUCCCCGAGCGUGAUUCAGGAACCGAUAUGCGAGUCAAAUCGCGAGGGUGUUGGUAUAUCUUGGAUUCCCAAAAAAAUCCGGAUGAGAAGCUCGUGGAGAACUACAUAGUCGUGAAAUAUGUCGAAGAGGAUGUUGCAAGGCUUAAGGAAGAUAUCGACACAACACAUCCAAUGAAUUGGACACUUGUCAAGCAACCUCGCAUAACUAAGAGUAUGCCAGUAAUCUCGAAGGGUGUUAUGAAGAAGACCAAGCCAACAAAGGAAAGUUUGAUACCACAUACUUCUAAUAAGCAAGUCGAACUAGAAAAAAUGCCCUUGGUCAUGAAAAGAAUGUAUAGACGUUUGAUGAAUCGUGAAGCUCAUGAUGAUGCGAUUUAUGUUGAAGCCGAACCUGGGAUCCUUGGAGCUCAGAAAAUUGAAACCAUGUUACAUUCAAUGUUUGAAACACGUGGUGGUAAUAAAGUGAACAAAUGUGCUUUCAUUUCCCCGAGCGUGAUUCAGGAACCGAUAUGCGAGUCAAAUCGCGAGGGUGUUGUAAGUUACAUUGUUGAUGCAAUGCGCUUCCAUAAAGACAAAUAG